AUGGUUUUCAUAUUAUCUAAAUUACAGGUAACCUACCUGUGUGAACGUUUGUUCUGUUGUUUUCAUCGUUCUUCCGAUGAUGAUUCACCUAUUCGAUAUGAAUCAUAUUCACAAAAUCGUGAUACAAGUUCUGUAGACCCAGAAACACGUAGACAAUUGCAAGCAGAAGCUGCUGAACGUCGUCUGGCUGAGAGUUCAACACGCGGGAUUGCAGAUCCUGAAAGUGUAAGGCGAAAACAAGAACGGGCUGAAGAAAUAGAAAAAAUGCAAUAUGCCUCAGGGAAAUCAGAUAAUAAGCUACAGUGGAAUGUUAAUUAACUGAUCUGUUCAUUCUAAUAUAAAUUCAUUCCACCAGUGAUCCGAGGCAUUUGUCUGAAAAUGAAUUACAGAUAACUAGCUCUAAUUCUUAAUUAAUAAUGUAUCCUGCUUUUUCUUCUCUCCUUAACGUGGUAUAUUUUUCAUUGCGUGGGUGUGUGUAUGUGUGUGUUAAGAUCAUGGAAGUUGUGAUAUGUAUAUUUAUGUUUUAAAUGACACUCUAUAUUAGGUUUCCUUUUGGUUGCGUACACCAAUGAAAUUUUUUCAAAAUUCAUUACUCUUUACUCGAACAAAUAUCAAUUUCUUCUAUUGAACAUUGAAAUUUUCAAUUAUGGCGCUUGUUGCUUGUUCAAUUCAAAUAUUCAUUCACAUGUAAGCAGUGAAUAUUAUCUUAUCCUUCUCCGCACAAAAAUGUCUCUUCUUCAGAUUGUCUAAUAAGAAAUCGCAUCUUUUUUUGCGCAUUAACUUUAUUGGAUUAUAUUUUAUUUUGUUUUACUGUAUUUGAAUCUGUGUGUAUACAUUGAACAUGAUUGUGUGCUUCUGACUUUCAGCCUAUUGUAUGCUUAGAUUUUAGAAUGUAGUUUAUUUGAAGUAAGCACUAAUUCUAUUAUGUUUCAAGCUUGUUUACCACUCUGCUUUUCGCUCAUUAUUUCGCAAUCAGAAAACAGUGUGCAUCAUGUAAUCAACGUUUCAUGGAAUCUUGUUAUUUCUUAACCGUAUAUUUAAUAUUCUAUGCCUGUGUAGUAAAUAUCUGUCUGUUUCAAUUGGGUGUUGUUUGUUUUGUUUUUCUUUAAUAUUUUUGUCAACAUAUCUUAUCCCCAUUGUUUGCUUACUAUUACUGCUGUCAUGGUUGUGUUUAAUUAUUAAAAAGACGGUUUCAGAGAAGAAGAUUUUCUUUUCGACGAAGUCAUCAACUAGGCUUGAUAUUCGUGUAUUUAUAUUACAUGUGUGAGAAAGUUCCAGAAUUAUGUCCGGUCAGAUUAAUAAAAUUACUAAGUGCAAUAAGCGGAAGGUAGGAAUUGGCACUAUUCUAGAAAUAUUUCAGGUCAAAGGUCUAAUUAAAAGUUCCAAUGUGUAGCAAUCAGGAAGGUCGCAUAGAAAAGAAAAGAUAGGAUUAUAAUUAUUUAAAAACUCAGUUUGUAUAAUUACGGGUUAAGGACGUAGUACAUUAACGAAAUGGGUAGGAGGUUCGGACAGAUAAAGUUAAAAGCAGUAACCAAAUCUAAUAAUGCUGAUAGGGAUGUUGAUAAUUAACCUCGAAUUUAAAAGUGAUACCGAAGCAGAAAUUCUCCGUAGACGGUUUCCGAAUUCUCUUAGUAAAACAUACUUCGCCGCCAGCCUAUGGGUAACAUUCUCUUGCAAGAAACUACUCACUCAGCACAUGAAAGACAAACUAUCGCAUUGGACCACUUCAACAUGCAUAUGUAACGAAGGAAGACAAGGGCCAGGAAACAGAUCGUUUAUUGAGAAAAUCAAGAGGCAUUUAUAGAUUUUUAUGUGCAUUAUUAUUGGCGUUAUUGUUAAAAAUGGAGCAACUUCUUCUGAUUGGUUGUUUUCUUGCUGAACGUUAUUCUGUUAUCUCUUUGUGGCCGUUUCUCAGAAAAUCAAGUCAUAUAUCUAUGAAUCAUAUUUCCACACUUUAACUCCACUGUGAUUGGCUGGUGAUUUUCUCAAGGUUAAACUUUGUUAUUAUUUUUAUCAUGACCCUGAUUCGGGGCAUGGACAUUGACGUAAAUUGUUGUCUACAAUUUCGGCUUGCAGACAGCUCACACCACACACAUACAAGUUCACUUGUUCGUGUGAAGCUGAGUACUUUCGCCGCUCCAUGCGUCUGCUUGUAAAACACGCGCGGGAAUACUAUCCAGUAUGGUUAGCAAAGGGAGAGCGCAAAGGGGGUAUACAGUUCGAUAACAGAACAUCUGUUGAAUUCAGGACAUUCAGCCCCAUUUGAAAAGCCCUGUAUACAAGAUCCGAUCAAACCUAUUAAAAGGAGUGAAAUCAAGGCAUCUAGGAAUAGCUGAGGCACUGGGGAUCCAAAAGUUCAAGCUCACGUCAUAUAUUCAAAAGAAAUAUCUCCAACCGUUGUGCCUCUCGUGGUCAUCAUGAAAAUUCAGUCCUAUCAAUAAUGAUUGUCCUUUUACCUUUCUUAUCCCAACUUCCCUGUUUGUUUGUUACAUUAACCUUUUCAAAUCCCUAUCAGCAUUAUUAGAUUUGGUUACUGCUUUUAUCUUUAUCUGUCCGAACCUCCUACCCAUUUCGUUAAUAUACUACGUCCUUAACCCGUAAUUACACAAACCUGACGAGUUUUCCAGUAAUUAUAAUCCUAUUUUGUCUUUUCUACCUGAUUUUUCUGAUUACUAUACAAUGGAAUUUUUACUUUGACCUGAAAUAUUUCUAAAAUACUGCCACUACUGAUUUUCUGUUUGUUACACAUAGUAAACUUAAUAAUCUGACACCUCUGAUCGGAAAUAAUUCUGGAACUUUUUCACAUAUGUAAUAUAAAUACACGAAUGUUGUACGGCCUAGUUGAUGACUUCGUUGAAAAGAAAAUUUUCUUCACUGCGACUGUGUUUUUAAUAAUUCCUAUUAUCCAAUGUGUUCAAUUGUAAAAUCCAUAAUCCCUAAUAAAGUUCAACGAACAAAUCCAUUCAAUUAUAAGUAUUUAUUGUACAGAUACGA